AUGGCGGAAAAAGAGGCUACAGUCUACAUUGUAGACAUGGGACGGUCCAUGGGCGAGAAUCAUCAUGACCGUCCUGUGACAGAUCUCGAAUGGGCUAUGCAGUAUGUCUGGGAUAGAAUCACCACUACGGUGGCUACCGGUCGCAAAACGGCGUUGGUCGGCGUUGUUGGCCUCAGGACAGAUGAAACUGUCAACGACUUGGACGAAGAUGAAAAUUUCUCUAAUAUCUCAGUCCUGUUUGGUCUUGGCCAAGUCCUCAUGCCUGAUAUCCGGGAACUGCGAAAAACGAUCAAACCCAGCAAGACUAACAAAGGUGAUGCUAUUUCUUCUAUCGUCAUUGCCAUGCAGAUGAUCAUUGAAAUCACCAAGAAAAAUAAGUAUAAGCGGAAGAUUGUUCUGGUGACCAAUGGCACCGGUAUGAUAAGCGAUGACAGUAUCGAUGACAUCGUUGAAAAGAUGAAAGAAGUCAACAUUGAACUAGUGGUCAUUGGAGCCGAUUUUGAUGACGCUGAAUAUGGUGUCAAGGAAGAAGACAAAGACAGUCGAAAGGCUGAAAAUGAGACUCUCCUUCAAAAGCUUGUCGAGGAUUGCGAAGGUGUGUAUGGAACACUUGAGCAGGCUGUUUCUGAAUUGGAUAUUCCCCGCAUAAAGGUUACCAAGAGUAUGCCAUCCUUCAAAGGAAAUCUUAUGCUUGGCAACCCCGAAGAAUAUGAGACAGCAAUCACCAUACCCGUGGAGCGAUACUUCCGAACCUAUGUCGCCAAACCAGUCUCAGCGAGCUCGUUCGUGCUACGCUCCGGUGCUGAACCUGGCACACAAGCCCCUGGUAAAGGCGCCGGUGAAGGUGAUGCUCUCACCUCAGUGCGAACAUUACGAACAUAUCAGAUCAUAGAUGAGUCCGCGCCGGGAGGUAAAGUCGACGUCGAGCGCGAUGAUCUUGCAAAGGGAUACGAGUACGGCCGUACGGCAGUUCCGAUCGAGCAGGCCGAUGAAAGUGUUACAACUCUGCAAACAUUUGCUGGAAUGAGCAUUAUCGGCUUCGUUGGAAUGAAUGAGUACGACCGAUAUAUGCACAUGUCCAACACAAACCUCAUCAUUCCUCAGCGCGCAAAUGAUAAUGCAGCUCUUGCUCUGUCUUCUCUCAUCCAUGCACUGUAUGAGUUAGAAUCAUAUGCGGUUGCUCGGUUGGUGACCAAAGAAAACAAACCACCGAUGCUCGUGCUGCUGGCUCCAUCCAUAGAGGCAGACUAUGAAUGCUUGAUUGAAGCACAGCUUCCGUUCGCAGAGGAUGUGCGGUCAUAUCGAUUCCCACCCUUGGACAAGAUUAUCACUGUAUCUGGUAAAGUGGUUACCGAGCACCGCAAUCUCCCAAGUGAUAGCUUGAAAGAUGCAAUGAGCGAUUAUGUGGACAGCAUGGAACUAGACAUCACAAACGACGAAGGAGAACCCAUCGAAGGGUUACCAAUUGACGAGUCUUUCUCGCCAUUCCUGCACCGUCUCGAAUCAGCCGUUCGAUACCGAGCAGUCCAUCCCAACGAUCCUGUCCUAGAACCCUCAGAAAGACUCACUGAAUUCGCGCAUCCCCCAGAAGAAACAGUCAAAAAAACCAAAUCAUAUCUCGAAAGAUUGAUGUCUACAGCCGAUGUCAAGAAAGUGCCACCAAAAACAAAGGGCCGCAAACGCCAACGCGAAACGGAGAAACCGCUCUCAGGUCUGGAUAUUGACGCACUCCUCAGCCUCGAACCAAAGCGCACAAAGAUCUCCACAGAGAACGCAAUCCCAGAAUUCAAGCAAACACUCUCCCGCGCAGAGAACGUGGACGCAAUCCACGACGCGGUGCAUCAAAUGGCGAAGAUUCUCGAGACCCAAAUUACGCACAGUCUCGGCCAUUCGAACUACGAUCGUGUGAUCGAGGGACUUCGCACUAUGCGCGACGAGCUUGUAGAUUACGAGGAACCAUCGGUGUAUAAUGACUUCGUGCGCCAGCUGAAGGGUAAGAUGUUACGGGAAGAGCUUGGUGGUGAUCGGAGGGAGCUGUGGUGGUUUAUCAGGAAGGGGAAACUUGGGCUUAUUGAGAAGAGAGAAGUGGAGAGCUCGACAGUUGAGGAUAAUGAGGCGGAAGAGUUUCUCGCUGCCAAUUGA